AUGAACUUUUUGAUACUUCAUCUCGAUCUUAUACCUGGUGAUAGCGCGAUGCCCCUACCACCAAAUCUAGCAAGUCUAGAUCGAACACAGACACAAGAGCAAUUAGGAUACACUGCUAAAGCGUUUGACCAACUGUUCAUGAUACACAAAUUGUUGAAAUUUUACAUUGAUAAAAUCGUUCUACAAAACGAAGUCGAUGACAAAAUUGAUACCAACGACCUGAUAAUGAUUAUCAAUUUGGCGCGAGAUCUCAAGCAAUGGCAGAACGACCUUGACAUUUACAUGAUGAGUUGUACCUUGGCUAACAACAUCAUUAAGCACAUUAAUCAAGACUCGCGCUUUGCUCACAAUCAGACCAUGAGAACACAUAAUGAAAGUUGA